AUGAGGGAUAAAGAAGAGCAUAAUGCAACUGUGCAAAAAAAUAAAUUUUCUAAUGAUGUAUAUGAUGAGAAGUAUUCAUAUGAUCAUCAUUAUUAUAAUAAAUUAAACAAUAUGAUGACAGAUAUGAAAACCAAAAAAAAAAAAUUUAGCACAUCAAAUAAUUUUUCUCACAUUGUUAAUAAUAAAAAUGGUAACACAUACACAAAACAUAACUAUAAUAAUAAGGAUGAAUAUAUUUCAGGUCACGAUAUAAAAUAUAAUAACUAUGGUGAUAAAUAUAUGAGGGACAGAUAUGAUAGUAAUACAACACAUCAUAAUAAUAAUAAUAUUAAUAGUAAUAAUAUAUAUAACCAAACAUAUCAGUGUAAUAAUUAUAAUGAUAUGUGUUAUAAUAAUGUGACAAACGUAGAACAUAAAAACAACCUUAAAAAUAAUGACAAUGAUAAUUAUCAUCAUUAUGAUGAUGAAAUAUUUGAAUGUUUGAAUGAUGACCAUGUGAAUGAUCCUAUAAAUGUAGAUACUUUAAAUGAAGAAGAAAAAAAAAUUCUAGAGAAAAUAUUUAAUGAUUGCGAAGAGUGUCAAGAUAUAACAAUAUUAAAUAAGAUGAAAGAAUGUAUUUUAAAUAUGUGUAAUUAUAAUUUUAAUAGUUGUAAAAUAAUAUCCUUAUUAUUUUAUAAUAAGAUAUUAAAAUGUGUAAUUUUUAAAAAAAAAAUGAAUUUAAUACAUUCUUAUGAUGAAUUAUUAAAAUAUUUAAUAUUAAAUAAUAAAAUGAAUAUAUUAAAAGAAUUUAAAAAAUAUAUCAACUUAAUAAUACAAGAUGCUUAUACAUGUGCAUAUUAUAAAGAUAAAAAUAUUAUAAAUCAUUUAUUACAAAUGGUUUAUAAAUGGAAAAAACUUUUAAUAAAUGAUAUUCAAGAAACGAAAGAAUUAUUAAAUAUAUUUCAUUAUGAUAAUAGUACAAAUGAAAAUAUAAAAAAUUAUGACGGCCCACUUUAUAAUUAUAAUAAUUAUCAUUUAUAUACAAAUCAUCAUAAUCAUAUGAACAAUAAAAUACCCCCACCUCCAAGUGGUCCUCCUCCAAAUAAUAUAAAAUAUAAUAAUAUACAUCCUAACACUUUUGGCCCUCCUCCUCCUCCUCCUCCUCCAACCGAUAACUUACAAAAAUUUAAUGUAAAUGAUUCUUUUAAAGCUUUAAGUUCUUAUGAUAAUAAUAAUAAUAAUAAUAGACUAGAACAUGUAGACGAUUUUAAACAUAACUUUAAUUUUGAUAUAAACCAUUCUAUGUCAUAUAAAGAUACGUGGAAAAACCCAGAAAACAUUACGGUGGGUUUUUUAGCUACAAUAUUAAAAGUCAUAUCCAAAAAAGGAAAGAAAUUACAAAAUGCUUUAAUACCUUAUACACCUAUUGAUACAUCUUAUGCCUAUCAAACGCCACCUUCUGUUAAUAUUUCUCACAAAAUGAAUGAAAAAAUAGAAGAAUUUUAUGAUGAGUUAUCUUUUAUAUUAAAUAAUGAGGAGGUCCAAAGUACAGAUAUAUCGGAUACGAAUGAUAUAAAUGAUAUAUAUGAAAGGUAUAAAAAAUUAACAGGUGAAAACAAAAAGGGCAAAAAAAAAAGAAAAAAUUCAACGUGCACAGAUGAUAAUAAUAAUAUAAAUAAUAUAAAUAAUAUAAAUAAUAUAGAUGUUAAUAAUAAUAAUGAUGAUAACAAUAUUUAUGGUAAUAAUUUGUUGAUGGAGAAGGAUUUAUCAAAGGAGUUAUGUGACAAACAAAAUAUUAUAAACGACAAUAAUUUGGAAUGCGAAAAAAAAAAUGAACACGAUUUCUCCAGUGAUACCAAUACAACCUUUUCUUCAAUAGAAAUAUUAGAUGAUAACAUGCUUGAUCUCUUAGUAGAUACAAAUAAAAUAUAUAAAAAUAAAAAAAAUAAAAAAAAAAGUAAAAAUGUUAAUUUUAAUCAAAUAGCUAUAGAAAAUGCACAAAAUUGGAGUGAAACUCAAAAUUAUAAUUCAUUAACUCAUAUGGACUUUUAUUCCUUAGGUAAUAAUACAAAUGAUGUUUUUGAAAAUUAUAGAAGAAAUAAGGCCUAUGUAUAUCAUGAAACCAUAGCUCAGAAAUUCUAUGACCUUAAAUUUAAGGAUACUCAAUAG